AUGUUCACCCCUUUCCUCCUCUUCUUCCUCCUCUCAGCCUACAGUCCUCUGUCCUCCUGUGGAAGAAGCCAAACUUUCGGGACACCACCCUGCACCCUGACGUUAUCUCAGACGAAAGUGUCGGACGGGCCGGCGCUGGUGGAAUAUAAGGGCGUACUCGUGGCCGGUUCGCAACAAGUUCUGCAAGCUGUGCUGCAGUUCCCCGAUGUCUUCGUCAACUCGGAGGCGGGCGGUCAGUUUAUAUGGGAGCUGGAAACCGACUCGGCACCCACCUGCAACUUGCCGGACUAUCUGACCGAGGACUACUACCAGGGUCCAUCCCUCGCCUACCACUACUCCCUCGCCCACCAUCUCGACCACUCCAACGCCUACCAUCUCCACUACUUCCUCGCCCACCAUAUCGCUCACUCCUUCGCCUACCAUCUCGACCACUCCUUCGCCCACCAUAUCGCUCACUCCCUCGCCCACCAUAUCCACCACACCUUCGCCCACCAUAUCGCGUUCUCCCUCGCCCACCAUAUCGCUCACUCCUUCGCCUACCAUCUCGACCACUCCUUCACCCACCAUCUCUACUACUCCCUCGCCACCUAUCUCGACCACUCCCUCGCCCACCAUUUCUACAACACCUUCGCCCACCAUAUCGCUCACUCCUUCGCCUACCAUCUCGACCACACCUUCACCCACCAUAUCGCACACUCCCUCGCCCACCAUCUCUACCACACCUUCGCCCACCAUAUCGCGUUCUCCCUCGCCCACCAUAUCGCUCACUCCUUCGCCUACCAUCUCCGCUACUCCCUCUCCUACUAUCUCGACCACUGCCUCACCUACCAUCUCUACAACUCCUUCACCCACUGUUUCGACGUCGGGCACGGCAACUCCCUCUCCGACACCUUCUGCCUUGACGUCCGCCACGACCCGGUCUCCGACACCGUCCCCCGGCUGAGACGAACAACGACACAAUCUUCGGAUGAGUUGACGACCUACACCUUCACCGGACAGGUCGACGACAUCACCUCCGUCAGCCAGUCGUUCACCUUCCACCAGAACCGCACGGCUGAGGACUUUGCUGGCCUGGCCUACGAGGUCGGGGCCAGCACCGUCAAGUGGUCCAUCCGCCUGGAGAACAUAGCCGAGCUCCUGCGUGGACCACAGCGAGUGACCAUGCGUUACAGCCUCGACAGCGUGUUCGCCUCUGGGGCCGGUGGCGCGGCAGCCACUGAGGCGGGGUUCGACACCCGCUGGGCGCCGGAGCGGAGGAACCACACACCACGGCGCAACGUGACCACCUACUACCUCACUCUCAACCGCCCAUCGGGCCGCGUGGUGGCCAGAGUGGAAGUGUUCGACCUUGCGCUGGUCGACGGCGACACCGCCGCCCACCUGCGACCAAUCGCCCACGCCAUCAGACUGCGGCCUGCCGCCAGCGGAGUACGCGCGGGCUUCAUGCUCGAGCUGGCCUUCCCGUACUACAACGACACGCUGGCCUACGACCCGGCCAUCGGGAUGGGCACCCUGCUCAACCGCGACGACGGCAAAGGCGGUAGCGGCGACAACAGUGCGAUGGUGAUCGGCGUGGCUGUGGCCGUCCCGCUCGCCAUCGUGGGCGUAGUUGUGGUGAUCAUCUUCGGAGUCGUUGUCGGCAUGCGACGCCAGAAAGCCACCGCUGCGAUGGAGCGGGCUAUCAAUUUUGAUAGCAACUGCUAUGUAAAUUCACAGGUGCUGUGA